GUGCGUGUGCCCUGAGGGGUGGGGAAAGGAGUGAACAGGAAUGAGUGUUGAUGGCGAGAGGUCGUUAGUCCGUAGAGUGAGGGAAAGUUCCUUACCGUUGUCCGCCUGAAGAGUUUGUCAAGGUGUGAAUGUUCGUGUGCUGUUUUGUGAUGGAGUUGCGGGACUGGGAGGUGGCCGGGCCGCUGCCUCGGGGUCGGAUGCUGUUGCUGACCCAGUGAAUCGUCUCCGGCCUCAGACCCCCUUCUGGAUCUGUGCAUGUCUCCAGUGGUGACAGGAAUGGAUGUGACCAGCCGAUGUACAGCUGGUGAUCCAAACCGGCUUCCUGAAGGUCUGCCUCAGCCUGCACGCAUGCAUUACAUCUCAGACAAACAUCCCCGACUCACCUUGGAUGCCAUUAAUCAACUGAGGAGAAACCAGGGUCUGUGUGACGUUGUGCUUGUGGUUGGGCUGAAGAAAAUCUAUGCACACCGCGUGGUGCUUGCAGCCUGCAGUCCUUACUUCCACGCAAUGUUCACCAGUGAACUUGCAGAAAGUCGGCAGACUGAAGUUCUGAUUAGGGACAUUGAUGAGCAUGCCAUGGAAUUACUCAUUGAGUUUGCAUACACAUCACAGAUCAUUGUGGAGGAGAACAAUGUGCAGACCUUGCUGCCAGCUGCCUGCUUGUUGCAGCUGAUUGAGAUCCAAGAAACCUGCUGCGAGUUUUUAAAGCGACAGCUCGAUCCAUCCAAUUGUUUGGGAAUUCGGGCUUUUGCCGAUACUCAUGCUUGUCGGGAGUUGCUGCGCGUGGCAGAUAAGUUUACACAGCACAACUUCCAAGAGGUAAUGGAGAGUGAGGAAUUUAUGUUACUGCCAGCAAACCAGAUGAUUGAUAUAAUUUCCAGCGAUGAAUUGAAUGUGCGAAGUGAGGAGCAGGUGUAUAGCGCUGUUGUAUCAUGGGUCAAAUACAACAUUCAGGAAAGGAGAGGACAACUUGCUCAGGUCUUGCAACAUGUUCGUUUGCCAUUGUUGAGCCCUAAGUUCCUGGUUGGCACAGUUGGGACUGACACUUUGAUCAAAAGUGAUGAAAUGUGCAGAGAUCUCUUGGAUGAGGCAAAAAAUUAUCUCCUCCUGCCACAGGAGAGACCUCUCAUGCAGGGUCCCCGGACACGACCUCGCAAGCCCAUCCGAUGUGGCGAAGUGCUUUUUGCUGUUGGUGGUUGGUGCAGUGGAGAUGCAAUCUCUAGUGUUGAACGCUACGAUCCUCAGGCACAUGAAUGGCGGAUGAUGGCAUCCAUGUCUAAACGAAGGUGCGGUGUCGGUGUAGCAGUUCUCGAUGACCUUUUGUAUGCAGUUGGAGGUCAUGAUGGAUCUUCCUACUUGAACAGCGUUGAAAGGUAUGACCCAAAGACAAACCAGUGGAGUAGUGAUGUAGCUCCAACCAGCACUUGCAGAACAAGUGUAGGGGUAGCGGUGCUUGGAGGGUACCUGUAUGCUGUUGGAGGUCAGGAUGGAGUGUCCUGCCUUAAUAUUGUGGAAAGGUUUGAUCCUAAAGAAAAUAAAUGGAUGAGAGUAGCCCCUAUGAGCACUCGCCGCCUCGGUGUAGCUGUGGCAGUCCUUGGCGGACAUCUCUAUGCUAUCGGGGGCUCUGAUGGAACAUCUCCAUUAAAUACAGCUGAGCGCUUCAUUCCUCAGGAGAAUCGCUGGUCUCCUUGUUCACCCAUGGGGACGAGGCGAAAGCACCUUGGCUGCGCUGUAUUCCAGGACAUGAUCUAUGCAGUCGGAGGACGCGAUGACACAACUGAGCUUAGUAGUGCUGAGCGAUACAACCUUCGAACUAAUCAGUGGUCCCCAGUGGUUGCUAUGACCUCCAGACGGAGUGGGGUUGGUCUCGCUGUUGUAAAUGGGCUUUUGAUGGCAGUGGGCGGUUUUGAUGGUACAACCUACUUAAAAACCGUUGAAGUAUUUGAUCCUGAUGCAAAUACUUGGAGGCUCUUUGGAAGUAUGAACUACAGACGCCUUGGAGGUGGGGUCGGUGUGGUGAAGAUGACACAAUGCGAGUCACACAUUUGGUGAAUUCUUCAAAGUUAACAAGGGGGCUUAUCCAUUUACAACAGCAUUGUUACAAAUAGACACUCAUUCAAUGCUGAAUAGAUUAAGUGGAGUACACAAGCACCUUCUCUAAUAAGUGCAUUAUAAUCUAGCAAUUUUCUACAUUGAUAUGUAAACAAUCAUGGAGCUCCAGCAAUUGCAUUUCUUACAAAGUUGGAAUAAUGUAUUAGGAACUCCUUACAGCCACCUUAUUAAAACAAAACCUGCUGCCUUAUUAACCAGUGCUGAUUAAAUAAAUCCACAUUAGGUAAGUAUUGUUUUAAAAUAGCUAAUUUAUUCUGGCACCUAUGCAGGCAUGAUAGAUCUGUGUGCCACUAUUUAUGCAACUUGAAAUUGUAACUGUAUGAAGCACUUAAAGCCCUCUUAGGUUCAGGAUCAAGAAAAAGACAAUGGCCUGCCUCAUGAAGCAAAUGUUCUCACACACACACA